UGCUGAAUACAAUUCAUUUUCUCUUCAGCUUGAUAUGUGCACAUGAAUCUCUCAGCAGCGUGAAUUGGCCACAAUCGCAACCGGCAGCUUUUGAUUCCCAGCAUCUCAUCAAGCCGUCACUCGGCGGUCAAACUCCCAUCAUGGACGUCUCAUACAUUCCUCAUGCCGAGCGCGUUCGCCGCAAGAAUCGAUCGUCCACCAACAUCAACCAUCUCUCACUGGCCCCUCUAACGUCGAAGCUUCCCAUCGAUGAUGAUGAGGCCAUUGUCGACGCUGCGGUGCCGCUGUCGCGACCGAGCACCUCAUAUCUCCAGGGCAAAUCUGCUCCUACUACGCCUCGGCUGUUAGCUAGCUCCGCAACCAACCCUCGGUCACGGUCAAGGUCACAGAACCGGACACCAUCCGCCUCAGGCGCCCCAAUCACCAAGAGCAAGUCAUCGUCGCAUCUUACCGCGGCGAAAAAGGCUGCGACCGGUGCAUCGACGCCCCGUAGGCGACACGACGAGGGAGGCGAUGGCGAUUGGCUGCUGAGGACCGGCGCAUUGAUGACUUUUGAGGCGAGGGAAUUCAAGGGCCAGUCCUGGCUUGUCUCGCGGCAGAGCUCGACGAGCCUGACUGGCAUCCGGAGCAUCGAAGAUGUGGCGUUUGAAGACGAGCUAGCGCGAGAACGAGAGAUAACGAGCCUACUUACGAGCAGGCGCGGUAGUCUAGCAGAUGAUGACAUGUCCAUUUCCGUCAUUGGAAGCAAAGUCCACAGUCGUUCUCACAGCAUUCACGGCAGUCGGAGCCAACUCAUGACACCCGUGGAGCGACUCCUCGACGACUCAUACUUCCCGAACCAAGAGUCACUGGCCGGGCCCGACUUCGUCGACCUCGAUGAAAGGCUCGAGGAGCUCGAGCGAGACACAGUAGAGGACGCCGAGGCCGCUGUCAAGAGACUUAUGCGGCGCGGCGCGGCGGGCAAAGGCGGGUGGAUGACGAGCUUCAUGGGCUGGUCGCUCUUUUCGGUGGACGAGCACGAGGAGGAGACGGACGACGAGUCGGAGUAUGACGAGUCGCUGGCGAAUUCGCAAUCACAGGCGGACCGCAGCGCUUGGCUCAAGCGUCACGUCGAGGGCCCUCUAGACCCGGAGGAUUUCGUGCCGCCUCCAACGACGGAUGAGGGAAGCUGGAGCGACGCGGCAUGGCUGCUCAGCGUAGCGUCAAAGGUCAUAUUUUGAGAAUGGAGCACGAGCAUCUGUUGAGCAUCUAUUGCCGGCACCAGUAGUAAUUCGUUCUCUCUUCAAAGCCAGCCACCAUGAGUCUAUCCUUUGAUGCUUUCUUCCCCUUGUGUCCUCUUUACUCGUUCAAUCUAGUGUGUUAAUAGUACAGUAGUAGUCGCUUUCCCCGGAUGUAUCGAUCGAUCGAUCGUGUUGCAAGUGGAUACACGCUGUUUGGCAGAUGGAUAGACUGUUUUUUCCACCUGUUCAAACUAGAGCAAUGCAUAGGUAGUAGUCAGGUUAUCUUAAUCCAUACAAUCAAUGUCAUGUCAUGUCCACCUA